AGCGGUUCUACAUGCUUCCUACGCCGCGGGCCCUUUCGUUGAGCUUUAGCCUGCGGGUCAAGAACCGCCACAACGAGUUCGUGAGUGGUUCGAGAAAGUUCCACCAGAAGGGUGGCCACCACGACAGCAACGACAACCACAUCUACGAGUGUCCGCCGGAGGUGGUUGCGACCCCGGUGGCGACCAUCCUGGCCACGCAAACGCUGCCAGCGCCCGGGAAGGCGUACGCGUGACACAAGGCCAAGGGCGCCACCGUUGGGCGCGGUGGACCCCUGGCCACGAUACGGGAGUCCCGGAAAAGCCGCGGCGAAAAGAGCGCCAAACAUGCCCGGAAUAGCACACAAUCAAACAAGCAGAGUAACGGCGGCAACGCUUUUGUUAUACACUGUAACGGCGCAGGUAACGGCCAAUGAUGCUUGUAGGAAGCCCGCGAAUCUCACAAAUUUAAACUUACACACACACACAUAAUUCGUGCCAAAAAUAAUUCUAGCAAACGUAUUUAGGAUAGACAGAAACACCUCGGAUAUCGAUUAAUCACAAAAGGCAAAACGCAAUCUCUGUUAGCUGAAGUAGAACAAAUUUUAGAUGAAGGCAUCCUCUAUCAUCGUAAUCAUUACUUAAACAUCCUAAACUUACAAACAAAAAGCAUCCACUCAUAUCCAUUCCCGUGAUUAGAAGAUAUCCUAGACUCGUUAUGUGAAACUGUAAAAAAUCGUUGUAAAUAUUUAUUUCACUAAGCAGAAACUAUUGCACGAAAAACGUCAUUCGUCUACUUUAAAACAAAAAGAAUCGUAACAAGAGCAUUUAAUAACGUAUUUAUUUGAAUCAUGUUAUUCACUACAAAAAAAAUCAAAACAACAAAUCAACCUACUAAAACGCCCCUGUUGAAAGGCACUACUUAAAUUUAAAAUAACCCACUCAAAAACAGCAAAUAGAACGCGCUCAAUCUGCCAGCAAAAACUAGAUAUGCCUUGAUUUUGCACCAAUUUUCCCCCCACCAUCAAACACCCUCACCCACACAGCCAAUAAAACACUGCCGAUUUGUAGACUGAUAUCAUUUUCGCGAGACGCGUCAGGCGACGAACCCGAUCGUUAUGUUAUAUGUUGUAAUAUAGAUUUUUCCUUCUUUGUACAGUAAGCUAGAGUGGUUUGAAACUCUUCAAGUUGCGUUUAAAAAGAGAAAGUUUUUUAAAAUCCCCUUUUUGUACAAUAUUUGACGAAGUACGCAGCAGCAGCAGCAGAAACGAGAAUGGUCUUUAAGCUUUGUUGAUGAAGGUUUUGUAGAAAGAGAUGAACAUUAUAGUAUGGUAAAUAUCGGAACGCAAUUGAAAAACUUCAUGUGUGGCAAGAGUUAGAAUGUAGGAUGGACGUUGCAAGAAAUAAUGGAAAUUGGAUAACCGAUAGCAAACGAUGGUGGGCAAAAACAAAAUAUGUUGACGUAUUUGUAGGGACUUAUACAAGAGAAAGUGUAACAUGCAAAACUAAUCCAUAAACGCAAUAAAAAAUUGUAUAUUUUAGAAAAA